AUGCCCCUCUUCAGCACCGGCGGCGAUGGCGGCAAGAGGCCGUCUCCCCCAGCUGCCCUUUACCCAUACCCCUUGCCCACCAUAUAUCGAUUGCUAGCUCAGGGAUUAGCCUCGUUUCUAGUCGAUGACGAAAUGAUUCAAGUGAAAUGCGAAUUUUGUAUAGGUGACAACGAGGAGCGUUUCGAAUUUGAAGUGGGACAUCAACUCCGAGAUCAUCUAAUCAAAAGUCAUGCAGAAGAAGUGGCUCGGGCUUUUCUCUUUCCCAAUAUUGCUGAUCCUAAGCACAUUUUUUUGAUGGGAUGUGUUGCAUUUAACACCGCAACAGUAGGAGUUGAUGGAGAAACGUGCAGUUCAGCUGAACUUUCCCCAACGGAUACAGUGUCUCCGAUAGAAGGGCUUCCCGUCGAGGAAGGCUCACUGGAUGAAAAUGAUGAUGAAACAGGUGUUGGCGUAAAUCUUGUUGAUGUCAUUGCUACUCUCAUUGGUUCUACAAUGCAGCCAACAAUUAAUGGAAAAACACGCAAGAGAGGGUUCCCUUCACCGACAAAAGAUACACCAAUGAAACGCUUUCAUCGAAUUAACGAUGAUGUUAUGGUGAAUGAUGGAUUUUCGGCUCAUUCAACCUUUGAUCCGGCAUCUUUAUUCGAAAAUGCUGAAGCUUUGGCUUCUGCUAGUGGAAUGGUCGAAAAUGGGCGAAAAAUUAAAGAAGGAACUUGCAAAUCGUGUCAUCAAGGAGUGUCGAUGUCAGGCCGUUAUCGCCACGUUCUUGAAGUUCAUGUUAAUAAAGAAGAUAUGUUCACUUGUUCGGCUUGUGAUUUUUCUCAUUGCAGCUCAAUAGCCGAAGCUAGAAAUCACGCCGGCACUGCUCACCCUGACGAAAACGCGUGCCCACAAAGCAAUGAACUGAAAUAUCGAACGUUGAUUCAACAAUGGAUGAGAAGAUGCUUUGAUGAUUGGAAAACAGUAGAUAUUCGGCCUGAAGAUGAUUUACUAGAAUCGGAUCCAAGAACACCUCUCGGAAAUAUCGAUCCAGCAAAUGUUGAUGAGAGAACGUGUCAACUUUGCUGGGAAGAGAGCAGAUAUCCAGGCCGACAUUUGGCUCAAAAGCAUCUACGAAAGCCAUUAUAUGAAUGCCCGGUUUGUGAAGGAUUCGGCAGUUAUGAGAGUUGCACUGUUGUUAAACAUAUGAUGAAGGUGCAUACAGAGGUCGAAGAUCCGCAACCAAUAUCAAACCUUGAGAAAUAUGCUGAAGAAAUUCGAGAUCUACAGAUUCGUUGUUUCCCGAAAAGACCAAUGAAGCUAGUGAAAGCUUCAAUGGGGUCAAAGCCAAGAGAAAGACAUCUUUGUAAUAAAUGCAACACUCAGGUGGCUCAAUCUGAUCGUCAAAGGCAUGUCUACCACAAACAUCUUCAAAAGACUCGCGUAUUUGAGUGCCCAAUCUGUGAUUUUGCCUCAAAUUAUGAUGUUCACAGAGUAAAAUGGCAUCUCAAAUGGGAGCACAAAGAAGAGGGAAAAGAUCUCGAGCCGGUCUCGCAUGAAAACGAAUAUCGAGAGGCGAUUGAUCGAUUAAAUGAAGAGUGCUUCCCCGGAUGGACACAUCGACGCAAACCAUUUUGGUGGUUAGAUCAAGAAGAAGCUCAACAAAGGGUUUCACAGAUUCGAGCCAAAAAGAAGAAAGAAGAUACAUCAAUGGAGCAAGACUCAAUAGAAGAAGAAAGUGUUGAGAAUGGGGUCGAUGAAUUGCUGAGUCAAUCACUCAGUGAAUAUGCUUGCAAAUUGUGUGGAAAAGAUUUCAAACCAUCAGCGAAUUUCCUUCGACACGUAGCAAAAGAACAUCUCUCGAUACCGCUUUAUCAAUGCCCACUUUGUGAAGGCUUUGGCGCUCAAGAUGCCUACGGGAUUCGUGCACAUACUUUGAAAGCUCAUUCAAGAGCUGACGUGCAACCGCUUUCAAAUAUGGAAACUCACUCUGAAGAGAUUCAACGUGUCUAUUCACAGUGUUUCCCUGGACGAAAGUUAAAGAAUUUACCGGAUAAGCCGCUUAAACGUGAAAAAUCAUCGGCCGCACAACGAGUCGAGACAAGGUCAAAAAGACGAAGCAAUAUUGCUGAAAGUUCCAAGUCAAAACAAGACAAAUCGGAGCCUCGUAUCUCACGUGGUCGUCAUCGGUGGGAUGAUGAUGACGGGAAAGUUGUGUGCACGCAGUGCAAUAUGGAGAUGAAAACUGAGGAUCGACAGAUUCAUGUCUACCGACAUCAUCUCAAAGAGUCACGAUUGUAUGAAUGUCCACUCUGCGAUUUCUCUCAUCAUGCGUGCAGCAGUGAUGUCCGCUCGCACAUAAAAUUUGUGCAUCGUAAUCAAUCGGAAGUGAUGCCAAGAGCAAACUUGCUCGAAUUUUCGGAAAAAAUCGCAGAAUGGAACGAUAAAUGUUUUCCCGGUUGGAUCAAUCGAAGACUUCCCACAAUUGCGGCCGAAGAUUUCUCAAGUUGUCGUUUAUGUGGAGAAGAGGUGCGACAAACUUCGCGUCAUAUUGCAGAAGUCCAUUUAAAAAUUUCUCUUCAUCAAUGCCCACUUUGUGAAUACGGAGCCGCUGAAUCACGUCUUGUUAUCAGACAUUUACGCAACAAUCAUACGAAAAAGGAAGCUAAGGGACAAGAACCAAUCUCAAACGUUGCACUGCGAAGGGCCGACUUUUCAGCGGUGCAUGACAAAUGCUUUCCAGGAAGGCCAAAACGUCUUUCCAAUAUAACUAUAUCAGAAGAAGGAAGACGAGCAAAGUGUCGAAGCUGUGGUUCAACAGUGAGCAAGAAAAAGCGGUUGUCACAUUUACUCGAAAGACACCUCAACAUAGCAUUCAUAAAGUGUAAAUCUUGUGAUUUCACACACACCUACGAUGAGAAGCUUUUGAAAGAACAUAUUACUCAAAAGCAUGAAAAUAGCGGGAAAAAUCAGGAAGAGAUCUCAUUGAACAAGCAUUUCGGUGAAGUCUCCGAGUGCAGUCGAGCCUGUUUUCCUGAUUGGGAUCUGAAGAAAGCUGAUCUUCAGCAUUACUCUUAUGUACUG